AUGGUUGAGGUCUGCGACAACCUGCUUUGCUGCGGGUCAAAACGCCGUGGGCUAGUUCCUCGCCCAGAGCGGUCAAAUCUCAACAGGACUACAGAAAAUUUGAUGCUUUCCUUUUUGGGGCCGAAUUGCCAAGCAGACUCCAUGCAGCCAGUUCAUAUUGCCGCAAAGAGCAGAACUGCCCUUUAG